AUGACAUAUGUUGGAGACAAAGCAUUUUAUAGAAGUUCAAUCCAAAGUAUCACAUUCCCAGGAAAUUUAACAUAUAUUGGAGAUUAUGCAUUUAGUGAAUGUCAUUUAACAAAUAUCACAAUAUUUGGAAUUGAUCUAUAUAUUAGUAAUUAUUCAUUUUAUGAAUCCGGUCUAAUUAAUGUGACUCUUCUCGGAAGUGUUUCAUAUAUUGGAGAUAAAGCAUUUUAUAAAACGAUAAAUCUAACAACUAUCACUAUUCCAGGAAGUUUAACAUAUAUUGGGAAACUUGCAUUUUAUGAAUGCACAAACUUAACAUAUGCGGCAAUCACAGGUAGUUUCACAUAUAUUGGAAAUUCGGCAUUUUAUCUCUGCCUUUCAUUAAAAAGUAUCACAAUUCCAGGAAGUUUAACAUAUAUUGGAGAAGCGGCAUUUGGUGGUUGCAUAUCAUUAACAAGUGCCAAAAUUACAUGUAAUCUAGCAUAUAUUGGACAAUAUGCAUUUAGUAGUUGCAUAUCAUUAACAAGUCUCACAAUUUCAGGAAGUUUACAAUAUAUUGGAAGAGAAGCAUUUACUGGUUGCACAUCAUUAACGAGUUUCACAAUUCCAGGUAAUAAAUAUGAUAUUGGAGAUUAUGUAAUGGAAGGUACCGAAAACAUAACAAAUAUUACAUUUCUAAACUGUCCAGAUGAUAAAAGUUCUAUUAAUGUUUUUAUAUGCUAUAUUAAUCAUCCUAUAAAUAUUUCCAUUCCUAGAAGAUUUGUGACGUAUGUCUAUUGUAUGGUUAAACGCAAAAGUCAUUUAUAUGUAACAAGUCGAACAAUUUUAUCAAAUACAACUAAAUAUUUGUUUGGUGAAAAUUCAACAUAUGUUCAUUAUGAUAACAAAAAAGGAAUUUAUGAUAAAACAACAAUUGAAGUUCUUGAAUACAUCUCUAUUGAAAACAGCACCAUUCCUCUCUUGAUGCCUGAAACAGUAAAUGACUUUAUAUAUUAUAAAUCUCAUCCUAUCCAUCUGUCACUUGCCAUUAUCAGUCUUAACUCACAAUCAGUUUCAUGA